GUAAAACUCAAAAAAUACAUCUGUCAUCGAGACCGAGCCUCGCUGAGAAACUACCUGAUUGUGUUUCCAAGCCACUAGUUCCAGACCUUAAUCAGUUAAAAAAGACCGUUUUAAACCAACAAAAUCAUUCAAACCAUAAUGGAUCCCAAUGAUUACCCCAGCGACAGCGAUGAAAGUGACGAAGAUUUCCGACCUGGCCAUGAUUGUAAUUCCGGAAGUGAAAUAGAAUCUGACGAUGCUGUCGAUGAUCAGCAUGUGAACGGCGAUGACGAACCAUCUGAAAGUGGCAAGAAACGUAAACGGAAGGCGGGAAAAACAGCAAAGAAAAAGGCGAAGUCUGAAAGUAAGCCUUUGGUAGCAGAAAACAUUGUCCCUGUAGAAGAUGAAUUGGACGAAGAAGAGGAAAAGCGAAAAACAGAUGCCUUGUGGGCAGAUUUCCUUGCUGGUACCGGAAGCUCUAACAGCUCUUCGACUAGUUUGCCGAAAGAAAGUAGUACCACCAAGCCUGUCGAAACUGUAAAAACCGUUACUAAAAUAUUCGAAUUUGCUGGGGAGGCAGUAGAAGUAACUAAAAACAUCACAGUUUCAAAGGAAGAAAAAGUAUUGCCCAAACCUGCACUAGCGUCAGUCUCGUCGAAUUUAAGAGGUGGCCCACCGCGGCCACUAUUAGGUCGUCCGUCUGGCGGUGGUCUUGGAUCAGUAUUAAAUCAAAUUGGGAAGAAAAAUAAGCUUAGCACUUUGGAAAAGACUAAGCUUGAUUGGAACAGUUUCAAGCGCACUGAAGGAAUCGAAGAGGAAUUACAAACACACAACAAAGGGAAGAAUGGAUAUCUAGAAAAACAAGAUUUCCUAGAGCGGGCAGACUUGCGACAAUUUGAGAUUGAAAAAUCUAUUCGACAAACGAGUAGAAGUAAUCGAUAGGGCGCUUGCUACGUUCCAUGAUUAGCCUUAGCUUUCCAGUGUUACUCAAAGCUUUUUGGUUUUUUUUAACCAACUAAGAAAAUACACAGGACUGUAACCACAAACAUUGAUAAUCAAAUUGUAUCUAUUAUAAUCCACAUAACUUGCUUAGUUUAUCCUUAUUGAUAUGAGCUUCGUAACACAAGUGUAAUUAAAAAAUAUGAAAAGGACCUAAAA